AUGGUUUUGCGCAACAAUGCAGGUCCGACGUGAGUUGGUGAGACCACGAUAACAAUUUUUUUUUUUUUUUCUGCCUAUCACCCACCCUACAUCUAAUCCCUCAGUCCUCUAAAUUCUCCCAUACCCCCCCCGAAUAGGUUAAAAUACGGGAUAUAAGUUUGAAAAAAAUUGUUUUGUUGCGCGUUCCACCGCUUAACGGCGACCUAGGCUGCGGCCAUUUCGGCCUGUUGGUUAAUUAGGCCCUGCGCGUGUUGAGCUCCGGGCGCCAUAGGUUUUCACCAUUCAUUCGGAGACAGAAUUCCCGAAUAUUAUUUUUCCGAUUCAUGCGGCCACUGCUCCGCCCAUAUUGCGUUGCUGUUAUUAACGUUAUCGUUUCAUAUCGCUUCAGAUGAUGAUGGCUCUCUAUUCUAUCGCUCAUGUUGAAACUUACUCGAAAACCACUCUCGAUUAACUUUCAUAAAAAAUUACGUCGGAUAGAUCAAAGGGAAAAAAUUAUUAUUUAAAAAAAAAAAAAAAACCGUAGAUAAAUUAUUCCGUUUAUAACAAUUCUGAACCAAGUAAUGAUGAUUUGUGAUCGAUUCUGUAUUAGCCGGCAUUUGAACUCCCCCCUCCCCCCGUACCUUCCCCUGCGGAUUUUUUAACGGCACUGACGAAUUUUGCUCACCGAGUCAAAAUAAUAUAAUGUAUAGUUUUAUUUUACAUUAUACUUAAAGUUUUUUUUAGGAACUAUGGUCUAUAACAGUGUUUCCCAACCUUUUUACUACCACGGACCAUUUCGAUAAUUUUUAAUAGGUCGCGGACUACCUCAAUUGAGGGGCUCCCUGUAACAACUAGAAAAGUCCACUUUUUAAAAUUGUUCAGAAGAAACAAAAUUGUAAAUAAUAAUUAUUUUGAUAAUAAAUUUUCAUACGCGUUUCAUACACGUACAACUAAAAUUUAAUUGUCAAACAUAAUAAUUUUAAACAAGUAUCCCAACCUAAAAAUUUAUAUAAAAUUACCGACAUGUGGACUUACAUAAGUGUAAAAUAGUAAAACAAAAUUUAGGAACAUAGUAUCCAUCCCUAAGAUUGAUUUAGUCUAUAAUUCGCGUGUUUACAUUGAUAUUAGUUAUGGUUUAUUACAAAAUAAAAUAAUAAAUUAUCCAAAAUACUACGUGAUAGACCAACAUAUUGUAUAAAAUAAAAAUAAUGUCAAAAUAAAAUAACAAAACAAUGUAUUGUAAAUAUUUGUAUAUCAGUUCAUGAGAAAAUGAACCGUUGAGAAAGCUCGUCCAAUUGGAAUUGUAUACUCAGUAAAAAUACGUAAAAACGUACAAAUUCCAUUAAUCUCAUAACUAAAUAUUUGAGAAACUAUGCAAUCGGUAAACAAUUAUCGGUCGCAGUAAUAAUAUUUAAUAAAUCGUUAUUUAAUGGUGUUUAAUAAAUACUUUUAUCAAAAUAAUAAACCUUUGGUACCUACACACUUAUAAAAAUUGAAACACACUAAUCGAUCGUCGGCAGUAAUAACGAUAAUAAUAUUAUUCAUUCCUUUGAUAAACACUAUUAAAAGUGGAAAAACACAACGGAUAAUAUAUUUUUUCGUAAUUUAUUUUUUUUUUUUUUUUUUUUUUUUUUUUAGAAAUGAACGAGCAAACAAAAUAAGAUUAAAUCUAUGGGACCGCGGACCACCAAUGACAGGCUCACGGACCACUGGUUGGGAAAUAGGUUAGUAGGUUAGGACAAUAUUAAGCCCACAUAGUAAUAUGUUCGAAAAAUUGGUAUACUUUCGUUUUACCUGAAGUAUCCGAAAUAAUAAAAAAAUAAAAAAAAAAAACAUAACUUUUAUGAACAAUAGUUUGUAUUUGUAUCAGUAAAUUUUGUAUUUUUAUGACGUUCGAUUUUGAAGUAUAUUAGUAUAUGCAUUAAGGCGAUUGGUGACGGUGUAUACUUUAGUCGAUUUAGACCCAAAAGCUAAACAAAACUGUAGGUGUUGUGGUUGACGGAUUUAAAUUUUGAAAACGGAUACUGAAUCUUUGGGUUCUUUACCAGGACAUGUCGGAAAUAGAAAUGUAAUUGUUUUACUGGAAGUCGUAAAAUAAAAUGGUUGUGUUUUUGAAAAUGCGCAUAAAGCAUUUUGUCUCUUAUCUAUGAUAUUUAGAAUUAAUAAAUAAUGAAAAAAAUAAUUCCAGCAUAUCCUAGUAAACAACAUAUGGAUUAAUAAUCUUCGUCAACCUUCGAGUCCUACAGUUUCGUUUGGCUUUCAGGUAAUCAUCGUUUAUUUCGAUUGAAAAAUAGUUUAUCUCAAAUAACGUUGGCUCGUGUCUGCGAGUGCGUACACACCCCGCCACCCCGCAUAUCAAGUCGCGUCGUCCGUCGCUGUUGUCGUCGGUACGACGCUCGCUAAAUGCAGAUAAGGUCGAUAAGGAUGUUAUUAUUAGAUAUUUUACUAUUAUUAUUGUUAUCGUUGUUAUAAUAUUUCGUAACAGUAUAAUACAUUUAUACGAUAAAUACCGAGAGCGGCACGUCGACAAUACUAUCGUGUCGCGGUACUCGGAAUCGUUAUUGCUAUUUUAAUAUUCAUUUAAAAACGAACAACGCAGCGUGGCAACUUGGGAUGAUACUCCGACGCCGUCUGUCUGUGUACAGCCCAAGAAAAAAAAAACUAAACGAUACCAAAAUUUUCGUUCAGAAAAAUUUAAAAACAAUUGUAAUUCUGACCAUGCAAUUAUCAACUGCGCCAGUCACAUAAACAAUGUGUAUCGAACUUGUAUAAUUAUACACAUCGUUUACAUAAUACAUUUUCAAUAUAAAUAAUAAAUUGUGUAUUAUUACGGACAGUUCCGAAGUCGUCCGUUCCGAUAAUAUUCAAUGAUCGCCGAACAUUCAUAUCCGAACUAAUAAUGAAUCAGAAAUUACUGAAUGGUAAAAACUAAUUUUAAAUGCUGAACGUAUAGCAAGGAAUGUUUUAAGGAAUUGUUAUUUUUUCUGUCCGUAAACAACUUUUCUACCAGACGUACCAGGAUCUGAUAUUGUGUGCCGCGCACACGUACACACAUGGUACGUGCUAAUAGUCCGUAUAGAUGCAUAGGUAUUGUGUAAAACGACGUUUACUAUUAGAAAUCUAACUCCAAUUGAAAAAUUACAAAUUAAAAAUCGAAUUUGUACCUUUGAAAAUCUAGCCACUAACAAAGAAAGUAAUUUUUUUUUUUUUAUCUAAAUUGGUUUUCAAUCGGGAAACCCGAAAAAUGCGAUUUUUUUUUCAAAUUACCGCGCAACCAUUUCAUUAUGUUAAAUUUUAGAUUCUGAGUGGAAAUAAGAAACUUAUGUUUUUACAAAGAUGUUUAUUUUUUUUUCCUAUGGACAACUUUUCUGAAAAGGAAUCGGUGUGGGGAGGUACCUUAGAGAGGUCAUUUUUCGAUUGUCUCAGGAGAAACCGGGAAAAAACCUGGGUCUUUUUUUAUUGUAACUAUUUAAAUAUAAAAGUUUGAUAGAAAUCCUAAAAAUCAGAGCAUUUCGAGUAUUUUUCGAACAUUUUAAGUCUGUACGAUUAUUUUUAUUUGAGUUACAACAAAAAAACAAAAAAACAAAAUAGCGAUAUCGUUAUCCUCCGAAUCUAAAAAUUAAAAAAUAUAUAUCAAGAAAUGUACAUAAGUAAUAAUAGUUAUUAUAAUAUAUUAUGCAGGUAUGUGAGCAUCAAAAUAUUGAGUAUUAUAGCAUACUAUUAUUUUGUUGUUUAAAAAAGUUAACAUAAUACUAAUGCAGACGAUGGAGUAUAAAAAAAAGCAAAACACCACAAUUAUACACAUACACACACUAUGUUUUUUUUAAAUAUGGUAUAAACGUAUUAGUUUUAGAUUCUGAGUGGAGCGAAGAAGCGUAUAGUUUUACAAAGACGUUUAUUUUUUUAUCUGUGUGCAACUUUUUUACUAGGAGAUUUGCUCAGAUUUCUACGUGUAGUACCUUUUCUGAUAGGAAAUCGGCGUAGGGAAUUACUUUAAGGAGAUCAUUUUUUGAUUUUCUCAGGAAUUUUCUCAUCAAAUUUGGUAAAAACCAAAAAAAAAAACAGAGGAAAACGGGAAAAUAUAAGAAAUGUAGAUAUUAAUUAAAAUAUAUUACGGCCUUCUUUUUUUCUGUGCACAACUUUUCUACCAGCACUUUUGCUCCAACUUUUAACGAUAGAAAUGUUUCUAAAAGGAAAUUUCGCUAGCUAGGUAUUUUUAAGAUGUCAUUUUUCGAUUUUAUCAGGAGUUUUCUCAGAAAAUAUGAAAAGCCAGGAUAAAUCACGGGAAGACCUGGAAAUACGUAGAUAAACUGGGAAAACAUCGGUACAACAUUAAACAAAUAUUACUAAAGAAAAUAUAUAGAGCCUAUUUAAUUAUUUCACUAUAAUAUGGCAUAUAUAUUACUAUCAACUGAACUCCGCUCAAAAUCGUUUUAUCGUUGCUUACAUGUAUUAAUUAAAAUUAAUUUAUCCAUAACAGUGGCUGCGACCGUUUUAUCGCAUCCCCAUUAUCCUAGGACAUUUUUUUUAUAACUUGUGUCCCAUUAUGAUGCAUUUCAGCGCGGUCAAGCCGAUUUUAUCGACAUAAAACCAAACAAACUAAGAAAAACUCAACAAUUUAAAAUGUCUAUAAAUAGUUAACGUGUUAAUAUUAUGGAAAUAAUAUCAGAUAUCUUGCGGCGGUGACGGCCGACGCGACGGCGUAAUAUAUGACAACGACGUGAAACGCGACCAAACCAGUCCUGCCAUGGUGGUGGGUAGGUGGGUAGGAUUCACACUCACACUAAUGAUCACUUACUACGCACACGGACGCAAGCCAUAGAUGCACUUGCAUACUAUAUUGUCUAAAUUGAACCCCAUCAAUAGACGUUGUCACCAGUCCCUCCCUAAAUAAAAGUUAUGUGUAGUUACUUAUUUGAAUUUGUUUUUUUCUUUAAUUCUUAUCUGUGAGGGGGGGGGGGAUUAUCCCAGUUGUGGAGGAAACGUCCUGGAUUCGAUACACCGCCAACACUUCGUAUAUGUAUCGGUAUCUUAACUAUAAAAGCAAUACAAUAUCGCAUUUCCACAGGUGCACUAAUAAAAUGGACCGAUCACAAACGGGGAGUGCUAUAACGCUUAUAUCAGUGGUGUAAAUACCGAGUGGGCAAGGUGGGCAAACGCCACGGGACCACAACUGAUGAGGGCCUUAGCAGUGGCCUAGACCAAGGCCCAUGGCAUUAUGAAUGAUCUUUUUAUUUUGUUUGUAUACCGGUUCGGCUUUUAGGGCCAUUAUGAAAUAUUUUACAACGGGCAUUACAAGUUUUAGUUACGCCACUGAUGAUUGAUAUUAAAAUACUAAUGUGCCACUCGGCAAGUAAGAAACUACUGGUCUGGCGUUCAAUUUUCAGUCUUGUUAAGAUUUCUAUUCAUAAUUUUUCGAGUAGAUAUAGUUAUUUUUUCGUUGCUUGUGUUACGAAGACCGGCAUGAAUACGAUAAUGGAAAUGUACUUCUGGCAAUUACUGCGCAACUGCAGUCCGAUUCCGUGACUACGUGAACCAUGAGAAUAUAAGUUUGUGUUGUACUCAUGAAUUAAAAUACCUGUCACCUAUCAAUUUCGUCAAAUAAUGCAUAUUUAUAUUUAACGCAAUUUAUUUAUUAAUUCUGAUAUAGUCAUGUUAAAUUCGCGAACGAAUGGUUCGUUUGAACUAUUCAUUUUGUUGAACUAUUCUAACUGUUUUAGUAUCUAUAAACUACCUGUUCACAGUUCAAAAUAUAAAUAAUUGGCAUCAUUUUUUUUAUGUUUUAAUAAAGUAGUUCGUGUUAUUCGUGAACUGUAAUUUUAACUGUUUUAAAAAUCAAACUACAUUUCCUUUUAGUAUAAAUCUUAUUUUAUUUAAUUUCGUAUCCAUGAUAAAAUAUAAAAAUAUAAAUUGUACAAAAAUAUAACUUCCAUAGGUUUUUACCUUUAAAAAGUAGAUUUUUAAGUACCUUAUUGAUCCAUAUUAAGAUCCAUAUUGAACAGCGGACAAAUUACAAUCUUAUCUACUUUAAAUAGUUUCUAAUAAUGAUUCAGAAGAUAGUAAAGUACCCAAAGAUAAAUUAAUAUCAGCUGUAGCAACGUUAUCAAAUUUCAACGGCCAAGGUUUUGGUAAAUGUCAAACAGAAAGCGGCAAUGUCAAACCGGCCGAUUUUUGUGUUUUAAAAAAAAAUUAA